CCCCGCCCCGUUGCCCUCUGACCCGAGCGCCGCUCCCACGCUGCCCCGCGCUCUGCUCCCAGCCCGAGCGGCGGCUCCGUGUCUCCCUCCGACCCCGCAGCCCGAGUCCUGAGGCCCCGCCGCCGCCGCCACAUCAUGAUCAAGCUCUUCUCGCUCAAGCAGCAGAAGAAGGAAGAGGACGCCGCCGGAGCCGCCAAGACCGGCACCAAGAAGGCGUCGGCCGCGCAGCUCCGCAUCCAGAAAGAUAUAAAUGAGUUGAAUUUACCUAAAACCUGUGAAAUAGUUUUCCCAGAUCCUGAUGACCUCCUCAACUUCAAGCUCAUCAUCUGUCCGGAUGAAGGGUUCUAUAAAGGAGGGAAAUUUGUGUUUAGCUUUAAGGUUGGACAAGGGUAUCCUCACGACCCUCCGAAGGUGAAAUGUGAAACUAUGGUAUAUCAUCCAAACAUCGAUCUAGAAGGCAAUGUUUGCCUAAACAUCCUCAGAGAGGACUGGAAACCUGUAUUAACAAUAAACUCUAUAAUUUAUGGGCUACAGUACCUUUUUUUGGAACCUAACCCUGAGGACCCCCUGAACAAGGAGGCAGCAGAAGUCCUUCAGAACAACAGACGUCUCUUUGAACAGAACGUGCAGCGAUCCAUGCGGGGAGGCUACAUUGGCUCCACUUACUUUGAGCGAUGCCUUAAAUAGGGGCUCAGAGAGCACAAACUGAGGCCACACAGAGAGAGAGAGAGAGGAAAAAAAAUCUGACAUACUUCAAUAUAUAAAAACAUUACAAAAUACUCGACCGAAAGCAGGAGGGCCAUAGAGAGACUGAGGGGGCAGUUUCCACUUAAGCCUCUCAGCAUAUUUGCCACAGGAAGGAAAUCUCCGAAUUGGAAUUUUAAAAAUAAAAAGAGGACUGCUUGAUUGUCGUACUAGCUCUAGAGCAUGCCAGGAAGUUUGAAAUAGUUUUGGUUCUCUCCUUCCCCCUCCCCUGCCCCAACAACCCCCACCCACUCAAUUAAAUUUAUUGUAAGUGUAUUUCACUUGAGGAGUGCUGAAGUCUUUAUGUUAAUAAAAGUUUUUUAAAUGUCUGUGGAAUAUUUUUGCCCCACCCUGCCCCAGCUCCUUCAACCCCCCCCUCUCCCACCCCCAGCCAAGUCCCCUCCCCUCUGCUGUUGAUGAAAGUGCACAGGAUGUGCCAGAGGAGGAGGAAGUUGCCAAUUGGAUCUGAAGUGAGUGAGAGACGUUACUGUAACGCUGCAUCUAAUCUGUUUUGAAUGUUUUGCCUGUUCAUUAAGUUGUAUAGAUUUUUUUAAAUGAAAAGUUCCCUCCCA